GAAAUUUGUUGUUUAAAUAAUUAUAAUUAUUUUUUAUUAUUGCAGGUAUUCCUGGAUGACAGAGAAAAACAUGACCUAGAGCAAUUAGUGAGUGCUAAAACUCAUGGAGCAACGCCACUAGUGAUGGCUUGUAGGAAUGGUCACUAUGACGUUGCUGAAUAUCUUAUUGAAAAGUGCGGUGCUGAUGUCGAACAACCGGGCUCUGUGGUAUUUGAUGGAGAAACAAUAGAAGGAGCUCCACCACUUUGGUGUGCUGCAGCCGCAGGACACUUGGCCUUAGUAAAAUUACUAGUAAAGCGUGGAGCUAAAUUAAAUGCCACAACUAAAACAAACUCAACUCCACUUCGAGCUGCCUGUUUUGAUGGGCAUUUUGAGAUAGUUAAAUUUCUUGUUCAGCAUGGUGCAGAUUUUUUAAAUUCUAAAUUAAUUAAUUAA